AACAUUGGACAACUACUUCCGGAUACUCUCUCAAGGUUGACUUUCGACAAUGGGUUCAAUAGAGUCAUCAUGCCUGGCCAGUUACCAAAGUCAAUUAGAGUGAUCAAGUUUGGUCGCGACUUCUCACAGAGUCUGAGUGCUGGAGCACUGCCACCCUCGCUCACUGAACUGUUCACAGGAGAUGGCUUCAACAGGACUCUAGAGGCCGACUCUCUGCCUUCAUCGCUCACAUCGCUCACCUUUGGUCAAUACUUCAAUCAGCCACUGAACCACAACUCGCUGCCAUCAUCAAUCAGAUACCUGACAUUCGGAUUCGACUUUAACAAACCGAUCGAACCUGGUGUGUUGCCAUACUCCCUGAUCACGCUGGUGUUUGGCCACAACUUCAACAAAGAACUGAAACCAGGAAGCCUGCCUCUAUCACUUAUCUCGCUCACAUUUGGCAAGACGUUCAACAAGGGGUUGGAGCCUGGCACGCUGCCAGCCAUGCUGACCACCUUGAUCUGUGACUUUAACGCCCCGAUCACACCAAGAUCCUUACCAAGAUCAUUGACUUAUUUGGAAUUUGGAGACAACUUUGAUCAGUCCAUCUGUGUGGGAUAUCUCCCGCCCUCAAUCACAUUUCUAACGUUUGGAUUCUCAUUCAAUCAGGCUAUUGACGAGGGAUGUCUCCCGCUCGCGCUCAACACAUUGGUCAUUGGCUACAGCUUCAAUCAAUCAUUAAAGCCUGGUUGUCUGCCCGAUGGUCUUCUCACCCUGGAUUUUGGAGCAUCCUUCAAAGGUCCACUUGAGGUGCAAGUACUACCCGAGACUCUUCGCUCUUUGGCCAUUGGCGCCGGGUUUACACAAAACAUAGUAUUUCCCAAGAGUAUUCAAUCAUUGAUCCUGGACAACAUUUCACAACUUGUUUAUAUCCAAGCAUUACCUGGACCUCUGGACUCACUAGUAGUUCGAAGUGGAGACGUUGGUUUGACAAGCAUGGAACUGAACAUCCCUCCCAUGCCCGUGGUACCCUACAUCAAACACAUGACUUUAAAUAUUGGAUAUGGAUUGUCCACUCAACCAAGGACCUUGGACACACCAGUUAUACCAAUGAGAAUAUUACUGGAUAAUUUGGUCAAGAGUGUUGUUAGAAGGAUGUCCAACGUGGAGACCUAUCAAAUGGAACUACUUGCGUUACCACUUCCAAUUACCAAGCGAUUUACAUUAUCAAGGCAUCAACUUGAUUUCAGAUUGAUCGAUCCAUCUUGUAUUCUUAUUGUCACUCAUCAUAGUCCAAUGUGUGGAGAUUUUGGAAAUGGAAAUGAAGGUGGAAAUGGAAGUGGAGAUGGAGAUGUUGAUGAUGAUAUAUUACCAAAAUUCAGAAUGAUACAUGGUCCCUAUCACAAACUCAGAAACAGGAAUGUCUAUAUUGAUGCAAUGUGUGCAGCAAUAAACAAGUUAUUC